AUGUCGCGAGUAGGUGUCUUAGUCUUAGGCCCAGCUGGUGCUGGUAAGAGUACAUUUUGUAAUUCUAUCAUAUCGCAUAUGCAAACUAUAGGUCGUCGAGCCCAUAUUGUGAAUCUUGAUCCAGCAGCAGAACCUAAUCAAUAUGAAUUUACCAUUGAUAUAAGAGAUUUAAUCUCAUUAGAUGAUGUCAUGGAAGAAUUAGAUUUGGGACCUAACGGUGGAUUAAUCUAUUGUUUUGAAUAUCUUUUGAAAAAUCUAGAUUGGUUAGAUGAGGAAAUUGGUGAUUAUAAUGAUGAAUUCUUAAUAUUUGAUUGUCCCGGUCAAAUUGAAUUAUAUACUCAUAUUCCUGUGUUACCUAAUAUUGUACGUCAUUUACAAGGGCAAUUGAAUUUUAAUCUUUGUGCUACAUAUCUAUUGGAAGCACCAUUCGUAGUAGAUACAUCUAAGUUCUUUAGUGGUGCAUUAUCUGCCAUGUCUGCGAUGAUACUGUUAGAAUUACCGCAUAUAAAUGUUUUGAGUAAAUUAGAUUUGAUUAAAGAUGAUUAUAACAAGAAAAGAUUGAAAAGGUUUUUAAACCCUGAUGCCAUGCUUUUAUCCACGGAGACGAUAGAUAAGGAAAUGAAUCCAAGAUUUCAUCAUUUGAAUGAGUGUAUUGCCAAUUUGGUAGAUGAUUUCGGAAUGGUACAAUUCUUACCAUUAGAAUCUAAGAAUCCAGAUAGUAUAAUGACAAUCUUAUCAUAUAUAGAUGACGUGACACAAUGGGCAGAAACUCAAGAACCAAAGGAACCAGAUGAUCAAAUAGACAUAGAAGACAUGGAAUAG